AUGAAGCAAAACGGAAGGGAUGAUUAUUCUGUCCGUGCCAAAAACUACAUCAGAGCGCUAAAAGCUAGGUUUCAUGACCAGCCUGAGAAAUUCCAUAGCUUUUACAAGGUCAUGAUGGACAUGACGGCUCAAAGAGUCCAACCUGACGGGCUCAAAGGCAUACCUACCGCCGCCCCAGCAAAACUGAAGGCAAUUCUUGAAGGUCACAACGAUCUCAUUCAUGGGCUCAACUUUUUCUUGCCGCCUUUGCAUCGAGUCAGCCUAGAUGAUGGUGGUGGUGAGAUGGAAACUGAGGCUGGGGUCAAGGACGCAGAGAGAACAAUAUCGCUAGUUGAAUUUGAAUAUGCUAAAGAUUUGAUAAAGAAAGUGAGGAUGCGAGGCGAGGAGGUUUAUGAAGCUUUCGUGAAGACUCUGCUGUCGACAGACCAGAAGAGAAGCCUCGAUGAUGUCUGCAGCGAUGUUGUCGAGUUGCUGAUUGAUGAUCCUGAUUUGCUAGAGAGGUUUCGAAAAUUUAUGCCAGUUUAUGAACCAAUCCCGUUGGCAUCUUAUGCUCCAAAUUCUCAGAUUCCGACAUGA